CACACAGCUCAUCUAUGAACUGGAUUUAUUCUACUUUAUAUCUCAGAUCUUCUAACUGUCUCUACAGAAACUUACAGCAUGAAAGGAUUAUAUUGCAAAGCAGGUGUGAGUGAUGCUGAGACCAAGUUCAUUAUUCAGGAAACGACUCUCCCUGAGGUUUUAGAGAGUCAUCAGGUCAGAGUUCAGGUGAAGGCGUGUGGACUCAGCGCUCUGGACCUCAAGCUGCUCGAUGAUUUGGGGUUCCAGAGAGACUUCAUUCCUGUCGGCAGAGAGGUGGCCGGCGUCGUCCUGCAAGUGGGUCCAGAUGUCGCCUUCUUCCAGCCGGAGGACGAGGUUGUAGGUAUUCUUCCUUUGGAUUCUCCCUGCUCUGGACUCUGUGAUACCAUUGAUGUGGAUGAACACUAUAUAGUUCAGAAGCCGGAGAAGCUCAGCUCAGUGAGUGUUGCCGGAGCGCUGCGUGACGGACUCUGUGCUUACACCGCUCUACACACACACGCUCGCAUGGCAGCUGGACACACACUCCUGGUUCUGGACGGCGCCAGUUCUUUUGGCCUGAUGUGCAUCCAGCUGGCUUGUUACCAUGGAGUUAAGGUUUUGACGACGUCACACUCACAGCAACAACACACAUUCCUGGAGCAGCUUCGGCCGAGUGUAGGUGUUCAGGAUCCUCUAGUUGCGAGGGUGAUCCCGGUCUACAAGGACCCAUCAGACCUGCUGCCGCUGGUUUUAGAGGAGACAGGAGGACUGGGGAUCGAUAUAGUGAUAGACUCAGGAGCGCGUCUGCAAGAGGACGAGGGAGGGGACGAGAUGAAGCUCCUCCCACACAAGCAUGACAUCAUCAGCGUGUUGGGAGUGGGGGGGCACUGGGUCACAUCGCACCAAGGCCUUCAAUUGGAUCCUCCAGACUGCAGAUUACUCUACUUAAAAUCAGCGUCCGUGUCUUUCCUCAACCCUGAAGUGUGGACGGCUUCGUCGGCCCAGCAAGGACGAUAUCUCCAUAUUCUGAAGGAUAUUGUGGAGAAGAUGUCAACAGGAGUGCUCAGACCUCAACCCGAGGAGGCCGUCCCUCUCUAUGAAGCCACAGUUACCAUGGAGACCGUGCAGCGUAACCAGAAGAAAAAGGCUGUCAUUCAACUGUGACCAAAAAUACAGAAACUCUGCAGGGACGCUGGCUGCAGAUAACAAGUCAAUGGGGUCAGUCCUGUCUGCAGAUAACAUGUUUUUUUUGUUUUUUUUUAGUCUUUUGGGAAGGAGUAAGGCGGUGAAAUGUGUCCCAGCAUGCAUUGCAGGGAUCACAAGAAGAUGUCAUGGUGAUGUUUCCAGUCUCUAGUUUACUGCAGAGGAAUACUGUAGAUUUUCUUUCUGUGUUUCUCUCAAGUACAGACACAUUCAAGCACAUUCACACCCAGUUUUUUUAUUUUUGUAAUUACACCUUAUUAGCCUUUAAAUAUGUCUGAAUUCAUGUGGCUUUUUCCAAUUUAAAAAACAUUCACAAUUGAAAGUUUUGCAUCCAAAUUACAGUAACAACAGCAGCUAUGAUUUAUGUUAUUGUCUCUGAGUGUAUCAGAUUGUUUGUUGCAGAUUUUUUUUUACUUGUAAUGAAUAUGGAAUAAAAAUCCUUGAAUGGAAAUAAUCAUGAAAUGUUUCUCUCUGUUUUUAUUGUAUAACAUUUUG